AUGACCGUCAAGUUCGAAAACCAGACAAACAUCAAGGACUUUGUCCUGGUUGGAUUUCCUGGUCUCCAGCAGAACUAUUACGGAGCGGUCUCCGCUCUUCUUCUCCUGACUCUCAUCACCAUCGUCGCUGGGAACAGCUUCAUCGCUGCUUUCAUCCUGUACGAACGGACACUUCACAAACCGACAUACGUGAUUUUCUUCAACCUGGCAAUGACAGAUAUUGUCUUCGCGUUUGCUACUCUUCCAAAAAUCAUCGCCAGAUACUGGUGGGACGACAUGAUGUGCUCGUUCGGAGCAUGCUUCACGCAAAUGUACUUUGUCCACUCGAUGGGUUCGAUCACCUCCCUGAUCCUCAUGACCAUGGCUGUGGACCGUUUCGUGGCCAUAUGGCUUCCGUUUCGAUACCCCGUCUCCAUUACGACCAGGUCCAUAGCGAUAGGUUGCGCUCUGUGUUGGGUUGGAACCUUCAUCCGAAUGGUGGGAGUCGUGUUUCACGCCUUGACUUUGCCGUACUGCAACUCAAACGUCAUCCAACAGUGCUACUGUGAUCACAUAGCCAUCACCAAACUGGGCUGCGGUCCUAACGUCGCCUACGUGAAACUGAUCGCAGUGACCAUCGCUCUGAUAAACCUGUUGGUCCCUUUAGGAUUCAUCAUCAUCUCUUACAUCUCCAUCAUCCUGUCUGUUCUAAGAGUCUCCGCCAACGAGAGGAGGCUCAAAGUUCUCUCCACUUGUGCUCCUCAGAUUUUGAUCACAUGUCUGUUCUACGUACCCAGAUGUUUUGUUUACCUCGCAAACAACUUGGGGUACAGAUUUAGCCUUGAUGGCCAGAUUGUUAUCACUAUGCUGUACAGCCUCUUGCCUUGUGUCGUGAAUCCUCUGAUUUACUGCUUCAAGACGAAGGCUAUAAAACAGGCUUUAGUUAAGCGAUUAAAAAUACACAGAGCCAAAUAG